AUGGCUUCCACCAUGCAGUUGGAAUUUACCCAAGCCAUGACCGACUUCAAGACCAUGUUUCCCGACAUGGAUGAUGACGUUAUCGAAGCAGUUCUACGGGCGAACCAGGGGGCUGUUGAUGCGACCAUCGAUCAGCUGCUCGCCAUGAGUACAGACAACCAAAAUGAACGGCUACGACUAGAGAUGGAAAGAGUAGAAAGCAGUACACCUUCGAGAAGUAAAUAUAGGAAAUCUAAGACUGAAAGCGGCGAAGACAGUGAUACCGCUGCACUUGUAGAUGUAGAUGACGAUUCUAUUCCACUCGCGAUUCGGAAAAAGUGGGUACCGCGUAUGCUUGGGCCUUUGCCGCCAAUGUUCCUGCGCAUUCCCCCAAAUACAGACGCCAGGAUUGACCUCAGCCUGGACAUGGACGAUGACCGAAUAGCCACUUUCCUUCAGAAUGAGGAAUUUAUGGCGGAACUCCGGUGGAACCAGGAGUUCAUGGCAGCUUUGGACAGCGAACAGGGGCAAAAAACUAAAUGCCAUGAUGACGAAGCGGCGUUCAAGGAACGGUUGAAAACUAUGGGAAAAAUGUCUCGUAAGAAGUUUGCUCAACUUUCGCGAAUGUUUACCCGAGGAGGUUCUCGCAAAACUGGUAACGCUCGAGCGCCGCCUCGAGGGCCUCCAGACAGCCUUCUCCUCCAGGAGGAGCACAGUGAUGACGAAGACCGGCCACAGCACCACACCAAGAUAUAA